AUGGUCUUUGGGAUCCUCACAGCCGUUGCGGCAUGCCCAGCCAUCAUCGGCACAACCGAAGCCAUCCGACAAGGCCAACGACAAAAUGCCCGCGAGGAACACCGAGGACGGAAAUCAAACCUGACAAUCGCAUUACCGGUCAAAAACUCCUACAGCGAACAAUUCGAUGGCGCAAUGGUGGUGUUGAAAGACAACAAGUUGUAUAUCGAUACGAACCACAGCAGGCUUGGUGUCAACAUGGCUCAUCCUNUUUCGGGAUAUUAUCUUCCUGUACCUUUCAUCGGAGACAAAUGGAAGAAAGCAGGUUUUAGGAAUGGAGAAGGGAUGGUUACUACCAUCAGCGACGAUCCUCCCUUUNUGAAUUGGGUCUAUCUGGAUAAAGAUACGUAUGAGGUCAAGUAUGGCAUACGUGUCGAAGCGGAACCUCAUCUUGUUGGCCCUUGGGACUGUACUCCUAUCGACCGCCGGUUGACUUUUGAGGGAUGGGAAGGAUUUGUCAUCGUGCAAGAAGACGAAGAAAAUGACCUCUGGGCUCUGUACUUUGAUCGCGAUGACGAUGGCUUGCGAGGCGAAGGCAAAGUCGGCACACAAGGCAAGAGAAUGCUUCUGGCCGAGGUUUCGAGAAAAGAGGUGCGCAGAACAAAGUUGACCUCGGACGAAGAAAGAAUCACACGAAUCCGCGAGCAAGCGGAUAAGGAGAAGAAGCGAGCACAGGCAGAACUCGAGGUAAUCGCGCCUACACAGGAAGAAGAGGCACCGCAAAACUCAGGAUCACAAUCUGCAACGAGUGCUGCGACAGAGUCCCAGAAGCCCGAAACUGAAACUCCGGAUGCCCAUGAGGACACUCGAAGCACAUCCAUCGAACAAGGCCUCUCCAAAUCUCUGGAUUCUUUACACAUCGGGUACAACAACAAGACUUCGAGUACAACAGAUACAAGGACGGAGCAUAACGAAACUCAAGCCGGAUCAGGACUGACAAGUCACCACGACAACAACUCGAGUGAAUCCAUCUAUCAGGAAUCCUCACAGUCGUCAAGCUCGUUUCACACCGCCAGCUGUGAGAUGUCUUCUGAAACACAAACUACCACUACAACCUGGUGA